UGCAAGGGACGGAAGCAAAGGCGGGGCUGAUCGUCUCGAGCCUGCUGUCUGAAACAUUCUCUAGCCAUAUUCUCCGAGGAGGCGAGCAGGAGGGAGGGUCAGAGUGACGGAGAGCCGGCAAGCUGCGGGGCUGCUGCUGCUGUUGCUGUCAGAGUCGAGCGAUUAAAAGCCGGAGGUGCCGUGUAUAGCUGAAGAGUGUGGGCGUGCUAGAGCCGAACGACACGAAGGAGCCGAAAGCACUCCGAGUGCCCUGAUGGCAAAGAACACGCUGUCGUCGCGCUUCCGGAAGGUGGACAUCGACGAGUACGACGAGAACAAAUUUGUCGAUGAACAGGAGGAGGCGGCCGAACAGCAAGGGCCGGACGAGGCCGAGGUGGACAACCUCAUCAGGCAAGGAGACAUGCUGUCUGCAUUCCAUGUUGCACUGCGGAAUCCUCCAAUCAACACCAAGAACCAAGCAAUCAAGGAACGUGCACAGGCAAUUGUUCUUAAAGUUCUCACAUCUUUUAAAAGUAGUGAGAUUGAACAAGCUGUGAAAUCAUUAGAUAAGAAUGGAGUUGACUUAUUGAUGAAGUACAUUUAUAAAGGAUUUGAAAAACCGACAGAAAACAGUAGCUCCAUUUUACUGCAGUGGCAUGAAAAGGCAUUUGCAGUAGGUGGAUUAGGCUCCAUAGUAAGAGUUCUAACAGCACGAAAGACUGUUUAAAGGAAGCAAAAAAAAUUAAAGACUGACUUUUGAAGAUUGGGUAAACAAAUAUAUUUACACAGUAACCGUGAAGAUGAGUUGGAAGAAGACCACCUUGAUCCUCUGAAUGUCAAGACAUUCUUCCAGAAGUGUAAAAAAAAUAAUAAUUAUUUAAAUAUUUUGGACAAAGGAAAACAGUGUGUUGGAAUGCAUCUAAGUCCAAGAUUGUGUAAGGAAGGUUGUUGUAAUGCUGUACAUUUUUCUUUAUCAUAUGCAACUUCUUGCACAUCCUCACAUUCUUUUGCCAUUUUAAUUUUUUUUUUUGUUUGUUUGAUUUUAAAGAAAAUCCAUAUCCUGUAUUUUAAACAUGUUGAAACUGACAGGUAGCUUGUUAUCUAUUGGGUGCAAGCAACUUGCCUGUACACCCUGGCGCAGGUGUACAAUAAAACGUACUGUAUAGUGAAGGUGGUGUGUUUUGGGGAAGGGGGGUGGGUAGGGGGGUAUUCAGAUUUGCGCUUUUGUUAUCAUAUUUCAUUUUUGUACAGAGAAGUGUACAUUUAAUAUAAAACAAUGGAGAUCAUUUAAAUAUUGAUUUCAUUGUAAAGUGCCUGCUGCAAUAAAGCUUUUUGGAUCAUC